UUUCGUUUCGCAGUUUUUCAUAUUCAGUUAAAUGUAUUGGUUCAAUGCAAAAGAGUGAACAGUUUAGAAACAUUCCGAAAACCGAAAUUGGUAAACAUUCUGAUCACUUUCCAUGCGGUUGCUACAACUGUCCUUGUAUAAUAGACCUACAUCCUUUACUUAUAUGGUGAUUUAGAGAUUUUGAAAUAGUUAAGUACCAUGUCAGCUGCAGAUUCCGUUUUAAAUGGAAUCUACAGACCUAACCUGGCCCACAUUCUCCACCCGGUAACCCUACAGCACAUGGUUCGAGAGUGGCUGAAGGAAGACGCCCCUAAUUUUGACUAUGGGGGAUUUGUGGUUGGCGAGAAGGAGGAGACUGCAGUAUUGUUAGUGAAAAGUGCCGGGGUCCUAGCUGGUAAACCUUUCUUUGAUGCAUUGUUUAAGGAGCUUGACUGCACUGUGACCUGGAGCAGCCAGGAGGGUGACUAUGUGGAACCGGUAAGCAGAGUGGCCACUGUAACGGGCAAGGUGAGACAACUCUUGUUGGGAGAAAGAGUGGCCCUCAACUGCCUGUCCAGAGCAAGUGGUAUUGCCAGUGCUGCAAGACGAAUGCGUAAGAUUGCAGAAACUGCAGGAUGGUCUGGAGAAAUCGCAGGAACACGGAAAACAACACCUGGCUUUCGACUAGUGGAAAAAUAUUCUCUUCUAGUUGGGGGAGUGUCUACACAUCGGUAUGACUUAUCUUCAAUGAUAAUGCUAAAAGACAACCAUAUAUGGACUGCAGGAAACAUAACAAAGGCUGUGAGUGAUGCUCGUGUUGUCGGGGGAUUCUCCACAAAAGUGGAGGUUGAGUGUCGAUCAGUCAAGGAUGCAGUAGAAGCUGCAGAGGCUGGAAGUGAUGUUGUGAUGCUGGAUAACUUCUCUCCAGAGGCCAUACCUUCUGCAGCCAAACAGCUAAAGGAGAAGUUCCCAAACUUGAUUGUGGAGGCAAGUGGUGGAAUAACAGAGACGACUCUUCUGUCUUACCUGGAUAAACAUAUAGAUGUGGUGUCACUUAGUCGACUUACACAGGGCUACGAAACUGUGGACUUCUCACUGAAGAUCUUAAAGGAUGGUGUGGACCCUAGAAACUUGCAAGUGGAAACUGCAUAGUAUGUGUAAUGUUGAAUCAAUGAUUCAUGGCAACCAGCAUCACUGGACGUUACUUUCCUUGCCUAUUUCUGGAUGUAUAUACUGUAAAAGUCCCUCCUUAAAAAUUGCUGGACGUAAAGUCGUUAUACGACAGUCCCUCCUUAAAAAUAGCUGGACGUUUUACGACAGUCCCUCCUUAAAACUUCGCUGGACAUAACAUGACAAAUCUUUUUUUGGAUUUGCUGGACAUCACAGAAGUCUUUCUUCAACCUCUGCUGGAUGUUAUAUCACAGUAUCUCCUUGACCACAGCUGGACGUUCAAUGGCAAUCUCCUUGACCUUGCUGUACGUUACAGAUGUUUCGCCUUUACUAUAGCUGGACAUCACACGAGUCUCUCCUUGACCAUAACUGAAAGUUAUACAAGUCUCUCCUUGACAAUAGCUGCAUGUUACAUGACAAUCUCUCCUUGACCUUACAUGACAGUGUGUCUUUGACCAUAGCUGGACAUUACUUGUCUUUGACCAUAGCUGGACAUUACAUGACCAUCAUUUGAUGUUAGACAAGUGAAAUCAAUGAUUGCGAAAGCUCACCGGUGGCAGCAAUCAUACUAUGUAUUCAUUUUGAAAUUGUAUGUUACAUAAUAUCACUCCUAGACCUCUAAUGAAAAUAUAAACCAAAUAAAAAGGGUGUGGAUUUACAAGCUUUCCAAAACUUACCCCAAAAUCUGUUAAAAGUGGCUUUUGUGGUGCCAAAGUCCACAAAAUGGUAAAAAGCGAAAAAAUCACAAAUUCUUUCUGCAUGAUUUUGCCGUAACAUCACUCCUAGACCUCUAAUGAAUGUAUAAACCAAAUUAGAAGGGUGUAAGGUGUAUACUUUUCGACUUGGAAGCUUUCCAAAAACUGAUCCCAAAAACCGGUGAGCUAAAAACAGUUUCUCCUUGACCAUCACUGGAAGUUACACGACUUUCUCCCCUUGACCAUCACUGGAAGUUACACGACUUUCUCCCCUUGACCAUCACUGGAAGGUACAUGACUUUCUCCCCUUGACCAUCACUGGAAGUUACACGACUUUCUCCCCUUGACCAUCACUGUAAUAUUUCUUAAAUCAGACCUUGUACAAUUGUUUCACAUCUAUGUAACGAAGAGUAACAUGGGGUAGAACAAUAAGUGCCGUUCGAAUGCCAUGAAAGAAGAUUUGCAUCACCUUACAAGAAGGUGGCAUGCUAUAAUUCUCACCUUUCAUUACAGGGUCAAUUUAUGGCGCCAUACCAUCAUACUCCUGUCAAAUUUGACGGCCAAAACAAUCCUGCAAUUUUCUUAGAGUCCAGUAGUUCAUUCAUUUAAAACAUUUUAAGAAGUUCAUGUGGCAUAGAUUUGGUCACCUGUCAGGGGAAUUUUGAUGAAGUUCUUGAAAAAUUGUAAAAUUAUCAAAGCUCUCUAGCUAUAGGAAUAUUUCCUUCCAGUUCAAGUUCAAGACACUGUUUACUUAUACAUAUUUACAUUUUAGUGGCAAAGCCAAGAUAUAAACUAAGUAAAAGGAUUUGCAGUCUAUGUGCAGCAUAAUUGACACCCAAAACGUGACAUCAAUCCAUGCCGCGCAUGAAUAUAUUCACCCUACCGGAACUACUUGUAACUAACGUUAACAAUCAUGCCUCAUCAUCAUGUAAAAAAAGCCUAGAACUACGUCGUUUUUCUAUGUUAAUUAAAAAGUAUCAAAAAGAAAUUUUAUACAAUAUUGUUACACAAAUAAUUAAAAGAAUGGAACAGACUGUUUUUUUUCCCGUAUUAUUUCAAUGCACUUUUUUGUUUGCUAAUCUGCACCUGACAAAUGAAUUUUGAAAAAAUAGGCUGUUCCAUUUGUCGAACCCCAUUGACAAAGUCGCUGAAUAUAACCAUUUUUUAUGCUAACUCAAUUUUUAUUUUCAAAAAUAA